AAUCACCGUCUGCUUUCUCUUCUCUACGUCGUCGGCCUUUUGUCUCGCUUUCGGAUUCCUUUUCUUCGCGAAUUCUUCAUCCUCGGUUAUCUUGCCCCUGAUCUUCCCACCACCCCGUGACUUCCGAGUGAGGUCGCAUUCCUUCCAUCAUGGUUCAGAUCAGCGAAGUCAAGGGCAAUUCGCGCGAGAAUCGAACGGCCGCCCACACGCAUAUCAAGGGUCUUGGAUUGCGUUCUGACGGCAAUGCCGAGUCGUCUGGGGAUGGAUUCAUCGGUCAGGCUGCUGCCCGUGAGGCAUGCGGUGUCGUGGUGGACCUGAUUAAAGCGAAGAAGAUGGCCGGACGUGCCGUUCUCCUGGCUGGUGGUCCUGGAACUGGAAAGACGGCCCUUGCUCUCGCCGUGUCGCAAGAACUGGGUACCAAGGUCCCGUUCUGCCCCAUCGUGGGCAGUGAGAUUUACUCUGCCGAAGUGAAGAAGACUGAGGCGCUCAUGGAGAACUUCCGGAGAGCCAUCGGUCUCCGUGUGCGUGAAACGAAAGAGGUGUACGAAGGUGAAGUGACGGAGCUCACGCCCGAAGAAACCGAAAACCCAUUGGGAGGCUACGGUCGGACAAUCAGCCAUUUGAUUAUCGGAUUGAAGUCCGCAAAGGGCACCAAGAAGCUGCGUCUGGACCCCAGCAUCUACGAAGCCAUCCAGAAAGAACGAGUCACCGUCGGAGACGUCAUCUACAUUGAAGCGAACACUGGAACUUGCAAGCGAGUGGGCCGAUCCGACGCCUAUGCGACCGAAUUCGAUCUCGAAGCCGAAGAAUACGUCCCUGUGCCGAAGGGAGAGGUCCACAAGAAGAAGGAAAUUGUGCAGGAUGUGACGCUACAUGACCUUGACAUGGCCAACGCCCGGCCACAGGGCGGACAGGAUGUCAUGAGCAUGAUGGGCCAACUGAUGAAGCCCAGGAAGACCGAAAUUACGGAUAAGCUGCGCCAGGAGAUCAACACGGUGGUCAACCGCUACAUCGACCAGGGCGUUGCCGAGCUUGUCCCUGGUGUUCUCUUCAUCGAUGAGGUCCACAUGCUUGACCUCGAAUGCUUCACAUACCUGAACCGGGCCCUUGAAUCCUCCAUCUCCCCCAUUGUCAUCCUUGCCUCCAACCGCGGCCACACCGUCAUCCGCGGCUCCGAAGACGUCACCGCCGCCCACGGCAUCCCCUCCGACCUCCUCGCCCGCCUCCUCAUCAUUCCCACGCACCCCUACACGCCCGACGAAAUCAAGACGAUCAUCCGUCUGCGCGCCAAGACAGAAGGUAUCAACAUCACCGACCCCGCCCUCGACAAGGUCUCCGAACACGGCAGCAAGGUCAGUCUGCGGUAUGCCCUGCAGCUGCUGACCCCCGCCGGCAUUCUUGCGCGUGUCAACGGACGCCCGGGAGGUAUCGAGGAGGCCGACGUCGCGGAGUGCGAGGAUCUCUUCCUCGAUGCGAAGAGAAGCGCGACGAUCGUGAACCAGGACAGCGACAAGUUCCUCUAGGUGGAAGAUCAGAUUGGUUGCUGGAUGCUGCGACGUUGUGUGCGAGGUAAUAGGAUAUCGAAGUUAGACGAGGUCGUGCAACUCUAAAAACAAAGGAAAAAGGACAAUGAUUUGUAUACCAUGUGUGGCAAGUGUCGGUGAUGUUUUCAUGUAUCGGAAAGACGAGUCUAGCUGUUUUACGUUAAUGUCAAUUGGACCCAAUUAUUA